AUACAAUAUGCAUCGGGAAUGGAUCUUCACGAGACCGCGCGUGCUUGCAUUGAGUCAUUCAGCCCCACCAGCGAACCAACAGUGCCAAAGAGAAAGUACAGAUUACCUGGAUCACGACAACCACCGCGCCGCUCCCGUCUCUGCAGAACUCAGGUCGCUAGGACAUGUCGUCUUCGCACGAAGCGCCGAGCCAACUUACAGGUUACGGCCCAUGGCCUACGGACGACCUGCCUGUCGACGAGAUCAUCGCCACAGAGGGCGCCUGCUUGCACCCUCGGCCGCCAACUCCUGUCUACUGGAAGAACGUCUCUCCGGACUUUCACAGACGCCUCUGUUGGAUUUUGCGUCUCGUUAAAAACGUACAGGAAUACAGAUGCCGCAAAUACGGCAAGGAAGCCGCUGAGGAAUGGCGCGUGCACCACACACCUCCCGAGCUGCGCCAAAAGUACCGCGACGAGCUUGAAGCAAUGAUAGAUGCCGCGAACGCCUCUAGUUCCCCGAGCCCUUCGCCCUGCGAUAACCCGACCGAUGAGAAGUUGUUGCCGUCGCAGAAGCAGGCGGUCUGCAGCCAGUCUUCUCGACGGCUGCCUCUCGCGACACCAUCGACCUCCGAUGCCAAUAUAGAUGUUCCCGCCGCGGCUGAUACAGCCCUCGACGCCUUCCCACGACGGAAGCGACGGCUCUCUACUGAACCGCCAAUUGCAGCAGUCCCACAAGGCGACCCGCCUGUGUCUACCCCGGGCGAAUUGCCGGGCCCGCCGCCACGGAAGAGAAGGAGGGUUGCGUCCGGGAACAGCGCGGAUGGCGGUGUUACUACGGACAUGAACACCGAUGACGCCGAAGCACCGGGUGCGGACGUGGACCGACUUGCCAAGCGGCGCUUUGCCAAAUCCCGGGAGACGAAACCGGCCGCAGCAGCUCCGGCGGAAGGACUGACGAGGAGUGCGCGCAUCGCCGCGUUGGCGCGGAAGAACUACAAGGUGUGAGAGGAGCCGUCAAACAUCACAUGAUGAAAGAACUCGAAUCCCGACAGGAGCACGACCAGCGGGGAGUGUUGUGCCGGGCCGUAGCCCCGUGUGCUCUUUCGUGACCGCCACGAUACCCGAAGAGCCCGCGGGCUCUCUGGUUACAGAGCGGGGGCAGUAUUGAGGUAAGAGGCGGCGGAGUUACGUGGAAGUGCUGGCACUGCGGGGGAUGUCCUCGGCGAGAAGCAUCCC